CCAUGUGGCGGUGUGACGUCGGCUGUCGGAUCGAACCUCCUCUCACGGAUCUUGCCACCCUAUCUUCAACUCCCCCGGACCUCCCUCCCUCUCUCUCUUCUCUCUCUCCUCUAUAUCUAAAGCACAUAGGGAAUCCAGAUUCAGCGUUACGGAACACAACACUUGAAGAGGCUGCAAUGGGUUCUUGGGUUCGCACCAUCACUACCCCCUUCAGGAAAGCUUGCACCCUCAUCAGCCCACCCAGAGACAAGAAGCCGCAAACAGCGGGACACGACCGGCACAGGACGGCACUACACGGCGAGGUGAUGGCCUGCUCCUACCACGACGUGCAGGUGAUGUGGUCCAUCCUCGACAAGUCCAGCCCCGGAGAAGAUCAUGCCCGACGCUGAGGACCCCCCGAGUCUCUUAUAUGUUGUGCAGGUGUACAUUCUGGUCGGCCAAACGAUCGCUCUGGUGUUGGAGAACGAGAGUCGACUUGGCCUUUGUACUGUGAAGCCUUUUCCUUGGCUGGAAUCCCCAUGGCAUUGUUAGGUGAAGCACGAUGUGCAGUUCGUCCCCUUUGUACAAACACUUUGGCCAUGCAAUUGUGGGGAAGCUUGUAAAUGGUCAUCUACAUCUCUCUCUGCAUCAAUGAUCCAAUCACCAUCGUCCGUUGGUCAA